AUGAAUAGAAGUUAAUAAUAAUAUUUGAACAAAUAGCAGAAUUAUAUUUAGCUGCAUGAUUAAAAUAGUGAUUAAUUAUAGGAGAACUUAGAAAGACUUAGCAAUUUGAUGAUUAAGAAACCAUCUUAAGUUAAAAAAGUGUUUGUAUAAAUGCAUGGAUAUUUGAGAUCACCUUCUGCAAAUCUAACUAUGCAAACAAGGGAUACUCCUGCCUCAAAACUUAAAUCAAUUGGAUAAGUAGAUUUCGAAAAGAGCAGUGAUAAAAUUGCUUAACAAUUAAAUACAAAUUUGAGAAAUUCUUCUCUGAAUGUUACAAAUCAUUAUUUAGAAAAUUCAAAUUUAAAUUUUAAUUAAACUCAAAAACCUAGAAAUUAUAAUAGCUGGAUAGGAUUAAGUGUGAUUGAAAGAAAUAAAAUAUUUAUGGAAGAAAAAGAAAAAAAAUUGAAAAAAUUAAAAGAACAGAAAGAAGAAAAUGAAAUUAGUUAAUGUACUUUUGCUCCUGCUUUUUUUAAUCCAAUUAGAGUAUAAAGAAACAAGUCAUGUUAAGUUAACAAAUCAUAUUAAGAUAUUCAUUAAUAAAAAAAACUUCAUAAUUCAAGAUUAUAUUGA